GGACCACCCCUUGUUGGCUGUUCACGACUACUUAUUUAGUACAUUUGCAACUUCCCUCCAUACCUAGAGGGCACCUCCUCCGUCUGCAACCUGAGGGCGCACCAUGCUGUGGUGACGAGAGACCCACCUAACAUGGGUUUCAAUUACGGAUCAUCUGAAGUGGGCAGUAUGGAGGAAGUACCCUUGAGAAUCAGCUCAGAUGAGCAUGACUUUGAAAUGGAUGAAAGUGACUUUCUACUCCAGCCUCCAGACCGUGAGAUUCAUUCAAGUGCAUUGCGUUGUCGUAGCUCUAAGAAAUGUUCGAGAUAUCUUUCUUUACUUCAUUGUGGAUGUUGUUCGUGGUUAUGGAGGAGAUGCUGCCGAGAAAGAGAACUGAAAUCUCGAACAGUUAUUGUUGGUCAUCCAGGUUCAGAGAAGUUCCCAGCAAAUGUAAUACGAAAUCAGAAAUACAAUAUUAUAACAUUUUUACCAUUGGUACUAUUUCAGCAGUUCAAGUUUUUCUUGAAUCUGUAUUUUCUUGUGAUGGCAACAAGUCAGUUCAUACCUGAUAUCAGAAUUGGAUAUCUCUACACAUAUUGGGGUCCUUUGACCUUUGUAUUAACAGUGACAAUAUUCCGUGAAGCACUUGAUGAUAUUCGUCGACAUCGUAGGGACAAGGAAGUAAACAGUCAGAGGUACAGACGUGUGGUGAGAGGAAGAGAGACCUCAGAGCUUGUCCCAUCUUCAAAGCUUCGUGUUGGAGAUUUGGUGAUCGUGGAGAAGGACCAGCGUGUCCCAGCAGAUUUGGUUCUUCUGAGGACAACAGAGCGGUCAGGAGCAUGUUUUGUGAGGACAGAUCAGUUGGAUGGUGAAACGGACUGGAAGCUAAGACUUGCUGUUCCAGCAACACAGAAACUGGAGUCAGAUCUGCAACUUUUUGAUAUCAAAGCAUCUCUCUUUGUCGAGAAACCACAACGAGACAUUCACAGUUUCAUAGGGACUUUUACAAGGGUAUGUAAUAUACUUACGCAGACAUUUGUAUCUUUUACUUGUGUUCAGCAGUCAAGGAAACCUGACAACAACACACACCAGAAAACAUAUUUCUCCCGGAGUGCUGCUGUAGCUGCCAUUAGCACUGAUAAACACGCGCUGUCAG